AUGACAGGCAUUACUUAUCUCUGUCAACGUUAUUUAAAGGAAGUUCAAACAUCAGAAAUGUACAUGACUGCUCAACGUACAGUCAAGACCGGUCUCGUUGCUAGUGCCAUUGUCUCUUCAUGGACAUGGGCUGCCACCUUAUUAACAAGUACAGAAGUUGCUUACAAAUAUGGUGUUUCGGGUCCUAUUUGGUACGCUUCUGGUGCUGUUGUUCAAGUCUUGUUAUUUGCUGUCUUGGCUAUCGAACUAAAGCGCCGUGCUCCAAACGCGCAUACCAUUUUGGAAGUCGUGCUGGCUCGUUACGGAAAAGGUGCCCAUAUUGUCUAUCUUAUAUUCUCUCUUAUCACCAACAUUAUUGUGACAGCCAUGCUGCUUUUGGGUGGUAGUGCUGUUGUCAAUUACUUGACAGGUAUGCAUAUUGUGGCUGUUUGUAUGCUGUUGCCACUAGGUGUCAUUGUUUAUACUUUAUUUGGUGGUAUCAAGGCUACUUUUAUGUCUGAUUAUUCACAUACAGUAGUAAUCUUUAUUAUCAUCAUUUCUUUCGUCUUUACUGUUUAUUGCUCCUCUCCCAAAAUUGGGUCUAUUGGCACAAUGUAUGAUCUUUUGGUAGCAGCUUCAGAAAGAACGCCUAUUGCAGACAAUGAACAUGGAUCACUUGUCACGAUGUCUUCUCUUCAAGCACUUAUCUUUGGUAUUAUCAAUAUUGUAGGUAACUUUGGUACUGUCUUUUUAGAUAAUGCUUACUGGCAACGUGCUAUCGCAGCUCAUCCUCAUUAUGCUGUGAAGGCUUACUUGGUGGGUGGCCUCAGUUGGUUUGCUAUCCCUUUUGCAUUAGCCACUACCAUGGGUUUAGCAGGAAGAGCACUUAAUAUCAAUCUUACACCAUUUGCUGUCAGCCAAGGUCUUGUCUUGCCUGAUGUAGCCUCUGCACUUCUCGGACAAGCAGGAGCAUUUGCCUGCCUUGUGCUUGUGUUUAUGGCUGUCACAAGUGCAUCUUCUGCUGAACUGAUCGCUGUCUCUUCUGUAUUUACCUAUGAUAUUUACCGCACUUAUAUUCGUCCUGAAGCAAAAGGCCAUGAAGUCGUCCGCUUUUCUCAUAUCAUUGUGAUUGUCUUUGGCAUCUUGAUGGGUGUGCUUGCUAUCUUGUUAAACUUGACAGGCAUCAAUUUGGGCUACCUUUAUACUCUUAUGGGCGUCUUGAUUUCUUCUGCUGUUGCUCCACUUGCAUUGACUUUGUUAUGGAGUAAGCAAUCAAAAUUGGCUGCUAUUGUAUCUCCCAUCUUUGGUUUCUGUGCUGCUAUCAGCACCUGGCUUGCUGUGACAAAGAGUAUGUAUGGUACGAUCACGGUGAAUACAACAUCUCAGAAUAUGCCCAUGAUGUCUGGUAACUUGGUAGCUCUAUUCUCGCCUAUUCUUGUGACUGUGACCAUCAGUUUGAUCAAGCCUGAUAACUUUAGUUUUGAUGCUACACGAAACAUUCAAAAGGUGGAUGAUUCAAACCAAGAACAGCAAGUCGCUGGCGACUUUGAUGAAAAUGAAGAAGAAGCAUCCAUGGCCAAAUCCUCUCGUUUUGCUAAAAUCUCCAGUCUUACGCUUUCCUUGAUUCUAUUUGUGCUUUGGCCCUUACCUAUGUUCUUUUCUAAAUACGUCUUUUCCAAAUCUUUCUUUACAGGCUGGGUUGUUGUUUCUAUCAUUUGGGUGUUCUGUAGUACAAUUGCUGUUGGUAUCUAUCCAGUCUUUGAAGCCAGACAUACGAUUGCCAAUAUCUUUAGAGAAAUUUGGCGUGAUAUCACAGGCAAACGUAUUCCCAACUUACCAACGACUGUAGGGAACCCAAUGCUUACUGAGGAAAAUGUCGUUGUAUAUACUGAAGACAAGAAGGCUAGCGGCUUGUAG